UCAAAUCGUCAGACGGGAGACCAGGCAUAGCCACACACAUAUACAGCAGGAAAACAGAACCCAGAAGACGGACAACUGAGAGAGAGAGAGAAAGAGGGAGAGGGAGAGAGAGAGAGAGGGAAAGAGGGACUUCCAUGUUGAGUGUUGCAUUUGAGGAGGUCGUCAGAAUGACUGUGACUGAGUGGACUGCACUUCAUACCAUGGGAGAACCCAGGCUUAACUAGAAUUAGAGGCAGAAUCUGUGAAGGACCUCCUUUCAAAGUGGAUUACUGGGCUGGGUUACUGGACUUUCCCAUCUCAGCCUUCGGCAUGGUGAUUUCAUAAAGGAUCUCGUAUUGAAGUGCUUGUGGAUCACGGCGUGGGUGUGUAUGUGUGUGAGAGAGAGCACGUGUGUGAGUGGGAUCAUGUCUGGAGGACACUUCACUCACCUGUUAACAGGACUUUGGGUACUCUGGCUCUCGCAAGCUGUCCUGGCGUCAGGGAGUAAGCUCUGGGAGGUACCCCUGGCCCCCUUGGCAUCUUCCUCCAACCAGACAACCAGCCUGGAAUGGGAGCCACAGUGUCAGUAUCGUCACCUGCAGGACGGAGUGCGAAUCACAGCUGACAUUCCACCAAGGCUGGAGGGCAACUGGGUGUCUACAAGAUGCGAAGUCCGACCCGGUCCGGAGUUCCUGACCCGCUCGUACACCUUUUAUCCCAGCCGCCUGUUCAAAGUCCUGCAGCACUUCUACGCGGACAGCGGAUGCGAGGAGCCCGCCUACUCCCUGGUGGUCAGGGGCAAGCUCCGCCUCCGACAGGCGUCGUGGAUCACCAGGGGCGCGACCGAGACCGAGCACCACCUCCACAAAGUGGGCAUGGUUGUCCACAGCCCCGGCGCCAUCCACCGGCUGACUGCCCAGCUGCGCCCCGCCUGCGUGGGCCUCAUCUCGGCCGGCACGGUGCCGGGACGCCUCCACGAGCUCUACAAUGUCCGGGCAGGGAGGGACUGUCUCCGGGUUCUGGGCUUCUCCAUGAUGGAGCUGGGCUUGGUGAGAGUUGAGACCCACCACCAGGGCCAAGGACGCAUGGUUCAGGAGCUGUUCCUUGGGGACAUUCACACGGACCCGACCCAGAGGGCAUAUUACCGACCAACGGGCUACCAGCAACCUCUGCAGAAUGCUCUGCACCAUAUCCACCCUUGCCCAACAUGCGCCCUGGUGUUCCGGGCCUCAGAAGAGCAGCCCCCUGUGUUGUCCCACACCCCUGGCUCAGCCCUUUUGUCCCUGGAUGGCCGCUGGGUGAGCCAGCGCUGCGAAGCCCGGCCCGCCGUCCUCUUCCUCACCCGAGAGUUCACAUUCCGCACGGAGGAGCACUCUUGGGAAGGCCUCUACCGCCAUUACUCGGACCCCUCCUGCAGCCGGCCCACCUUCAUUCUCCGGGCCUCGGGCCACUACGCCCAGGGGGGCCCCUCUGCCAAGGUGCAGGGUGGCACCGAGUUUGUCUUCAAGGUCACCGGGGUAGCGGUCACCGCGUUGGAGACGGCCACGGCCAGGGUGCUCAACGCCACCCGUGCGGGAACCUGCGGCGCGUCCGGCGCCUGGGUGGUGGGGGCGGAGCAGGAUGUGACGCCGACCGACGGGUGCACCGCUCUCGGGAUCAAGCUGCCCCACAAGGAGUACGAGCUGUUCCGAACGGAGCUCGACCACCGGCGGCGCCCGCUGCUGUUCAUCGGGGAGCGGCCGACGGACGGCUCCAGCCCCGACCGACCCCGGAAGAGGCCCACGUCCUACCAGGCCGCCAUGGUGCACUGCGACCGGCAGGAUGCCGCCGUGUCGCAUCGGCACACCAACCGACUCGCACUGGCGGCUAGCGGGGCCACGGGCACGGCACAGACACCCAGCCUGGUCUUAGUCCAGGUCUUAGUCCCGGCCUGUUUACUGUGGGGCUGGCGCUGUGUGUUCUAGGGUUAACCCUAACCCAAACAGCUCCAAAGGUAUUCCAGCGAUCCUAUUUACACGAAAAACUGUUAAUAGCCUGUCAGCCAAGUUGCAUAUCGAUCCUAUUAUGUGUUUCAUUUUUUUAUUUUUUUUAUCAGAAAUGUUUUUUUUUGGCAAGCCGUAUUUUCGCUUCAAACUACAUAAUGCAGAAUAUACUCUAAUAAACAAAGCACGGGAAGAAUACUGACCAAUAACUACUGAAAAAGCACAAGCAACUGACAUUCCAGUGGACUUCAGGUUUUUCAAAUCGGAAACUGGAUAUCAAAGAGGAAACCAAAACUUGUGUCACAUCAACAGGUGACAACAAGAAACACAUUGAUUGUCAUUUGUCCUAAUCUAAUGUGUCCACUUCUGAUUGGAGGAAAAUCCACACCUGACCAGUGCACCAGACACACCCCAGGUCAUUAUAUAUACUGUAUUUCACAAGGUUGGGUUGUUCAGAAGGGCACCGCUCUCCAUUAUCUCAUUGUGGAGGGCAAACAAACCAUAUUUAUUAACAUUGUUAAGAUUUUUCUGAUUUUAGAAGGGAAGCUAGUGCUGUAAUUUUUGCCAAUGUGUUUUUGUGUCUUUAAAUGUUAUGUCCUUACUGGAGCUUAUUUGUACUGUUUUAUUUUAUCUUAGUAUUGAUUUGGUAUGGAGCUGCAUGAGAAAU